GACGACGACGACUACGUACGACGGACAGGGCCUUCGAUCGCUUCGCUUUGCCCACGGCCCCAACUCCCAAGAUGCUUCGUCUCCCGAGUCCCGACCCCGGAACUAGCCGUCGCCGUCGCUCUCUUCUCAGAGCCACUCAGCAGUCCAGCUCCAGCGGCCUUCCCACCAAAACCUGCAGCACCGCACGCACAUGACAUGCCUAGCCUAGCUCCUCUGCCUGCCUAUAUAUUCGCCUUCCUGCAGCGAUGCCCCCCUCGUCCAAGCGCAAGCGCAACUCGCUCCCCAGCGCUCCUCCUUAAUUAAUCCCUUGCAUGCCUUCCAGCCGCGCUCGCGCCUCAUCAGGGACGGCGGCGGCGGCCAUGGACCCGUGGAUCGCGCAGCCUUCCCUCAGCCUCGACCUCAAGGUCGGCCUCCCCACGCCGGCCAAGGUCGUCUUGGUCGAGGAGACCAACAAUUUCUUGGCCGUCAGCAGGACGAAAGACCGGGAGGUGGAGGCGCUCGAGGCUGAGCUCCGGCGAGUCGGCGACGAGAACAAGCGCCUCAGCGAGAUGCUGCGGGCCCUGCUGGCCAACUACACCGAGCUGCAGGGCCAGGUCAACGACAUGGUUGUGGUGGCCGCCGCCGCCAACCGCCAGUCCUCCACGUCGGAGGGCGGCUCCGCGGCCUCGCCGUCCAGGAAGCGGAUCCGGAGCGACAGCCUCGACACCGCCCCGCACCACCAACAAAACACCCGCAAGCCGUCGCCGUCGCCGCCGUUCGCGGCCCACGACCAGAUGGAGUGCACGUCGGCCGCAGCCACCGCCGCCGCCGCCUUCCACCACGAGCCGGGCAGCCGCGUCCGGGAGGAGUGCAAGUCCAAGGUGUCCCGGCGAUACGUCCACGCCGACCCCUCUGACCUCAGCCUCGCGGUGAAGGACGGGUACCAAUGGCGGAAGUACGGGCAGAAGGUGACCAAGGACAACCCCUGCCCGCGCGCCUACUUCCGGUGCUCCUUCGCGCCGUCGUGCCCGGUGAAGAAGAAGGUGCAGCGCAGCGCCGACGACAGGACCAUCCUGGUGGCCACGUACGAGGGCGACCACAACCACGCCCAGCCUCCGCGGCACAACGGCGGCGGCAGCAAGGCCGCGACGAGGUCGACGCCAGCGGCGACCGAGGCCGCGCGACCGGCGCCGCCGCCACUGCCGCUGCAGCACCAGCACCAGCACCAGCAGAAACAAGAGGCCGCGACGGGGCCGUCGUCGGAGGUCGCGAGGAAGAACCUCGCCGAGCAUAUGGCGGUCACCCUGACGCGGGAUCCCGGGUUCAAGGCGGCGCUAGUCAGCGCGCUCUCCGGCCGGAUCCUCGAUCUCUCCCCGCCCAGGGAUUAACUAAUUAAUACGUAGACGAGCAUGAUGAUUAUUCAUUGACGAACUGUUAUUAGUCCGUAGACAGCAAAUUUGUUCAGAAGCAUAUAUGUCAAUUUUUCACCAGGCCAAGAAGUGAAUUUGAGCUGCUUACUGCGAAUAUAUGCAUCUCCGUUCGAAGUUGCUAAUUCAAGCACGUACGCCAUUCAA